ACAUUGAGGAAGUUUCAGAAUCCUUGACCAGAAGAAGACCUCAUGUUCAAGUCUAUAUUUCAUGUCAUGCGUUCAGUUUCUGUCAGGUUCCUUGCACCUGAUAUUUUCUGCCUAUAAUAUUUUGAUUUCUUCUGUUUUUUUCCUUGAACUUUUAGUUUAAUUUUUUCAUAUUUAUCUAUAUCUGCAUACUAUUAGCAAGAAAACUGAAUAAAACCUAUCGUACAUGUACUUAUCACGAUAAAAGACGAUUCAGUAAAUACAGGUAAAGAUUUAUGAACGAUAUCAACUUGUUUUUUAAAUAUUUAAAUGUUUUCUUGUAUAGCCGAUUAACUCGUUCAACGUUGAUAUUAAUUCCGCUAUUUGGAAUUCAUUAUUUUCUUUUCUUAUGGAAUACAAAGCCAAUUUUAAAUUGGAAAGUGCUCGUAUUUCAUCUUACUGUACAUACAAUAUUUUCAUCGUUUCAAGGUUUAAUAAUUGCCUUAAUAUAUACACUUAUUAAUUCUGAAGUUCAGCGUGAAAUAUGUCGUAGUGUUGAUCGUUUUCUCCUCUAUCAUACGCCCAAUUGGCAACAAGCAGCAUAUUUUCGAAAUUAUAUUAACAAGUUCGAUGAUGAAAGAAUUUACUCAUUCGGUUAUCAAUUAACUAAUUAUAAUCGACCACAACAAGAUUAUUUGAAAAAUAGUGACAGUAGUAGAAAAAGUUCGACCAAUGAAAGAGACCAUGCAUUAUCAAGUAUGAAAAAUUCACAAUGUUUUAAUACUAACACAGAUCCGAAUAUACCAUUAAUCAAUAGAUCAACGUCGAAUAUUGAAGAAAGAACCUGA